CGGAAGCAGGAAGUAGGAAGAGGUGUACCUUAACUUUACAGCUGAGCUAACAGAUAAGCUACAGGCUACCAGGCUAACCGCAACGGUGAAAAUAUCAGCCUUCGUCGCGCAAACUAAAGGUCUAGACAGCAACUGUGAGACAUUGAAUCAAAAAUGGGAAAAGGUGGUGGAACAUUUGAGAGACUUCUCGAUAAAGCCACAAGUCAGCUGCUUCUGGAGACUGACUGGGAGUCCAUUCUUCAGAUCUGUGAUCUCAUUCGACAGGGCGACACGCAAGCUAAAUAUGCUAUUGGGGCCAUUAAGAAGAAGCUGAAUGACAAAAAUCCACAUGUGGCCCUUUAUGCACUUGAGGUCCUGGAGUCGGUGGUGAAGAACUGUGGACAAACUGUGCACGAUGAGGUUGCCAGCAAACAAACUAUGGAGGAGUUAAAGGAUCUCCUUAAGAAACAGACAGAGGCAAAUGUCCGAAACAAGAUCCUGUAUCUGAUCCAGGCCUGGGCUCACGCCUUUCGCAAUGAACCCAAAUACAAAGUGGUUCAAGACACAUAUCAAAUCAUGAAAGUGGAAGGUCAUGUUUUCCCCGAGUUUAAGGAGAGUGAUGCCAUGUUUUCUGCAGAAAGAGCCCCAGACUGGGUUGAUGCUGAGGAGUGCCACCGGUGCAGAGUCCAGUUUGGAGUUAUGACAAGAAAACACCACUGUCGAGCCUGCGGCCAGAUUUUCUGUGGGAAGUGUUCCUCUAAAUACUCCACCAUCCCAAAGUUUGGCAUCGAGAAAGAAGUGCGUGUGUGUGAGCCGUGCUUUGAGCAGCUCAACAACCACCCCUCCCUCUCUCCUCCACUUAGGAAAGCUGAAGGCAAAGCCCCUUCUACAACCACUGCUGAGCUGCCACCUGAGUACCUGACCAGCCCGCUGUCUCAGCAGUCCCAGAUGCCCCCAAAGAGAGAUGAAGCAGCCUUGCAGGAGGAGGAGGAACUGCAGUUGGCCAUUGCACUUUCCCAAAGUGAGGCAGAGGAGAAGGAGCGGAUGAGGCACAAAAACUCUUACUCUGUGUAUCCCAAAACUGAUCCCACACCGGUGACUUCCUCCGCACCACCAGUCAGCACCCUUUAUACUUCCCCUAUGAACUCUUCUGCUCCAUUGGCUGAAGAUGUGGACCCAGAACUGGCCCGCUACCUGAACAGGACAUAUUGGGAGAAGAAACAGGAAGAGGCCCGGAAGAGCCCAACUCCCUCAGCCCCUGCCCCAGUGUCCCUGGCUGAGCCUCCUCCACCAAUCAGCCAGCCGGUAGAGAGCCACGUCCCUGUUCAGCCCGUCAGCAUAGUGGAGCAGCAGUACCAGAACGGUGAGUCAGAAGAGAACCAUGAGCAGUUCCUGAAGGCUCUGCAGAAUGCUGUGACCACCUUCCUUAACCGCAUGAAGAGCAACCACAUGCGUGGGCGCAGCAUCACCAACGACAGCGCAGUGCUCUCGCUCUUCCAGUCUAUUAACAACAUGCAUCCACAGUUAUUGGACAUCCUCAACCAGCUGGAUGAAAAACGAUUGUAUUAUGAGGGACUGCAGGACAAACUGGCUCAGGUGCGUGAUGCUCGGGCUGCUCUGAACGCCCUGCGGGAUGAGCACAGAGAGAAGCUACGCAGAGCUGCAGAGGAAGCCGAGAGGCAGAGACAGAUCCAGCUGGCACAAAAACUGGAGAUAAUGAGGCAGAAGAAACAGGAGUAUCUGGAGAUGCAAAGACAGCUGGCUAUUCAGCGCCUCCAGGAGCAGGAGAAGGAGAGGCAAAUGCGUUUGGAGCAACAGAAGCACACUGUCCAAAUGAGGGCGCAGAUGCCUGCUUUCUCUCUGCCUUAUGCGCAGAUGCAAUCUUUGCCCCCCAAUGUUGCCGGGGGGGUGGUAUACCAGCCUGGUGCUCCACCAAGCUACCCAGGUACUUUCAGUCCUGCCGGUUCUGUGGAGGGUUCCCCUAUGCAUAACAUCUACAUGAACCAGGCAGGGCACACUACACCAGGACAGUACCAGGCCAUGCCCAGUGCUGCUACAGAUCCCAGUAUGGUGAAUGCAUACAUGUACCAGGCUGCUGGUACCAACGGGCAGCCUGGCCCUCCUCCAGGCCAGGCCCCACCCACAGCUAGUCCUCCCUACUCCAACUAUCAGCCCACACCCACACAAGCCUACCAGAAUGCGGUCUCUCAGGCACAAAGUAUGCCUCCCAUGUCACAGGCAGCCCCUACCAACGGUAUGGGUUACAUGAGUUACCAACCAUACAAUAUGCAGAAUAUGAUUUCAGCAUUGCCGGGACAGGAUCCCAACAUGCCCCCCCAACAACCGUACAUGCCAGGCCAGCAGCCCAUGUACCAGCAGGUUGCUCCCCCCGGUGGCCCGCAGCAGCAACAGCAGCAGCCGCAGCAGCAGGUACCUCAGGCUGUCCCCGGCAGUGCAGAGGCACAGCUCAUCUCCUUCGACUGAAGGCCCCUGUGCCACCGGGUUUGACACUACAUACUCUCCUCCUUUGGUUUCCUUCCUCCCCCCCCCCCACUGGACUCUGAGGAUGCCCUCUGGAAACACACACUUAACUCCAACCUUCCACCUUGCUGUGAUGUUGUGGCAAAGUGAAAUAUUGUGAUGAUGUUGCAGAGCUGUAGCUCUCCUUGCUCGUCCGCCCACUGAAAUGUAGCAGUUGAGGUGAUGGAGCUGCCAUGGAGAGUACCAUAACCAAGACCCCUUUCCCACUUCCUCUGUCUUUCCAGCUGAUAUGUAUGUAGUAUUUCCUUAUUAAAUGAAUAACUGAAGUGCAGAAUUAGUAAAUGGUAUUCGAGUUAAAUUAAUAAGACAAUAUGACAUUGAUUUAGGAGAUUAAAAGAAGACACAAGCAUCCUUUUUCUCUUAUUUUUCUAAAGAAAAAUGUGCAUGUUAAAUUCAGAUUAUUUUCUGCAUUGAAAGUGAACUGUUGCAACUUGUUCAGUUUGGGAAGUGAUAGAAAAACACCUGUAUGUGCUGUUUAAGAAAUUAUUAGUGGCUCAAAUGAGUGAUGGCUCAGUAGAGAAAUCAGUGGUAAAGAUAUUGUAUAAAUGGCACAAACUCACAUCUAUAUUAGGGCCCAACAUAAUAUUCCAGUUUUAGGUUUAUAAUCAUCCUUUCCAUGCACACAAAUUGUGGCCCCUUUGUUUGGGUUUAUUGUUGUGUGCAGAUGGAUUGUUGAGUUUAGUUUCCGAGGUGUACACUGCAGGCAAUUUGUAAGAGGCCUGUUAGAAAAUUAGUUGUGUAGCUAACAAUCAGUGAAUAUAGAAAAUCCAUUUUCAAAACUAGUUCCCUUGAAAACUGGAUUUUUGAAGCAGUCCAGAAACCCACACAGCAGAUGAUGUGAGCUGUGAUGCCAAAUGCAAAGCACCAUUACACAGAUGAAGGGCCUUCAUCUGUGUUCACGUUCAAAUUGCAUCCUGGUGCCACAACCACACCUACUUGUUUUAAAUUUCCGGUGUAAGGAGAGCAAGUACUACGGGCCAUUUUUCUGAAGUAUGUGUGACUUUUCAGAAAUAGGGAGAUUGAACAAGAUGUGACGCAUGUAUGUAUCCCACUUUCAGCCAGUGAUUUCUGUAACUCUUCAGUUUUCAUCUGUGGACUUCUUUAUUCAUUUUACUCAUCUAUCUGACUUUAACGUAAUUUUAAAAAUAUAUUUAAUAAAUAUCAGGUUCUUAUUGUCC